UAAACUACCAAAAGUAUCAAAAGCAAUUAACCUAUAAAAUUAACCUUGUUUUUCAUAACUUUAAAUUCUUGGUCACGCGUCUGUUUUUAUUAUUCGUUGAGUAAUUAUGGUAAAUAUUAACGAAAGCCAAAUUCGAGACAUCGGUAAAGUGUUAAAUGAUGUUAAGAGACCUUUAAAAGAGAGAUUUCGAGCAUUGUUUACUUUGAGAAAUAUCGGUGGUUCUACUUCGAUAGAAUGUAUUGGACAAUGUUUUGCUGAUAGUUCUGCCCUUUUGAAGCAUGAAUUGGCUUAUUGUUUAGGACAAAUGCAAGACGAAUCUGCUAUUGAUCUGUUAAUUAAGGUUUUACAAGACACUGGUCAAGAGCCCAUGGUUCGACAUGAAGCAGCUGAAGCCCUGGGUGCUAUUGGAUCUAUUAAGGUUAUCCCAGUUUUGGAAAAAUAUGUAAAUGAUCCUGUUAUAGAAGUUGCUGAAACAUGCCAAUUGGCUUUAGAUAGAAUAAAGUGGUUGAAUAGUAAGGAAAAUACGGAGAAAAGUUUAUCAAAAAAUCCCUACAAUUCGGUUGAUCCUGCUCCACCUAUGAAUGUUGAAGAUGUGAACAAGUUAAAGGAUGUUCUUCUGAAUCAUGAAAGUCUUUUUGAACGCUAUAGAGCAAUGUUUGCAUUAAGAAAUUUAAGAACAAAGGAAUCUAUUGAAGCACUAGCAUUAGGAUUGAAGCAAGGUGGUGCUUUGUUUCGUCAUGAAAUAGCUUUUGUGUUAGGACAACUUCAAGAUGAGUUAAGUGUACCAUAUUUAAUCGAAUCAUUAGAAGAUUCUUCUGAAAAUGAGAUGGUGAGACAUGAAUGUGCAGAGGCAUUAGGUGCAAUUGCCACAGAGCAGUGUUUUGAAAUUUUACAAAAAUAUUUACAAGACAAAAAACAAGUGGUUAAAGAAAGUUGUGAAAUUGCUUUAGACAUGUGUGAGUAUGAGAACAGCCCAGAAUUCCAGUAUGCUAAUACUUUCCAGAUUGUUGAUCAAUUAAAUUAAUAAUAAUUAUAAUAAACACAAAGGUAAUAAAUUUAAUUACUAAUGGAUUUACCAACAUGGAUGUGAUUAAUAAAGAACGUUUUCAAAAGA